UGGGAGCGGCUGCUACGCAAGUCGCAAAGUCCAGGGCAGUUUUACCCCUCCACGCGAAGGACCCUGAAGUUCCAGUUUUCAAGGGUCCAGUCCAGAACCCCCCCACUUGUCGCCACGCACCAACGGACCCCAAUCCGCGCCCAAUAUCCAAUUGACGAGUUGCAAAUUUCUUCCCCUUCCCGUUCUAGCUUGAGGUCAACGACGACUUACCUUGGGUUGGUGUCAAUUUCAUCUUAUUGCCCCCUUUUAAAAACGGCAUAUUUGAACGGACCGGCCAUCGACCAAAAAUAG